AUGAAAGCUAUACAGGUCACCAAAUACGUCUCCGGACCGCAAGAUCUCUUGGUGACCACCCUGCCGACCCCAACUCCUCAUCCUACCAAAUACCUGAUUAGGAUCCGCGCAUGUGCCACGAAUUUCUUUGACCUCCUCCAGAUCCAAGGCAAAUACCAACAUCAACCUCCUUUGCCGUGGAUCGCAGGUUUAGAAUUCGCCGGCGAAGUCAUCGCAACUCCCAUCUCGGACGGGACCGGGAGCAUGAAGACAAAACAUCUAUUCAAAGUAGGCGAUAGGGUAUUUGGUGCUGUCCAGGGAGCCUAUUCAACCCACAUCCUGGCCCCCGAAGAGUCCUUAUUCCCUGUUCCCCAAGGCUGGAGCUACGCGGACGUGUGUGGGCUCUAUGUGACGUCUCCCACCGCUUACGGCGCCUUGGUCACACGGGCAAAGACCCAGCCUGGCGAAUGGGUCCUUGUACAUGCGGGUGCAGGAGGUGUUGGCUUGACAGCGGUCCAGAUUGCAAAGGCCCUGGGAGCUGUCGUGAUAGCCACGGCGGGAACUGAGCAUAAACGACAGGUGUGUUUAAACUAUGGUGCCGAUUAUGUGGUGGAUUAUCGAGAUAAAAACUGGCCACAAAAAGUGAUUGGACUUUGUGAACAACAUAGAACGGGUAACGGGAAGCAAGGCGUGGAUGUGGUUUAUGAUCCAGUUGGUAUGAUUGAUCCGUCAAUCAAAUGCAUAGCGUGGAAUGGUCGAUUACUCGUCAUUGGGUUUGCAGGCGGUAAUAUUGAGAAAGUCGCUUUGAAUAGGGUGCUUUUGAAGAACAUCAGCAUAGUCGGUCUGCAUUGGGGCAUGUACGCCACCAAAGAGAAAGAAACGGUCCACGUGGUUUGGAAAGGGAUCUUUGACUUGAUCAACUCGGGCAAAUUGAAGGGCAUCACUUUUACCGACAAGCAAUACAAGGGCCUGGAGAGCGUUCCCACAGCCCUGAUCGCGUUGGGUGCGCGGGAUACUUGGGGCAAGGUGGUGGUUGAACUAGGAGAUCAUGAAGGUGAAGAAGGUCAGAGUAAGCUGUGA